AUGCCAGUGGAUCCAGAAAAAUUAGCUAAAUUGCAAAAGUCUACCGCCAAGAAGGUUGGAGGAUCAAGAGUCAAAGCAAAGAAGGGAGUCAAGACCGAACAAGAUGACACCAAAUUGAUUGAGACCUUGGGUAAAUUGAAGGCUACUAAGAUUGAAGGUGUUGAAGAAGCUAACUUUUUCAAAGACGACGGUAAGGUAUUGCACUUCAACAGAGUUGGUGUGCAAGGUGCUCCAGCUGCAAACACUUUUGCCUUCACUGGUUACCCACAAGAAAAGAACAUUACACAAUUGAUUCCUCAAAUCUUGCCUCAAUUGGGAGCUGAGAACCUUGAGAUCUUGAGACAAUUGGCAGAGCAAAUCCAAGCCGGUAAGAACCCUAAAGAUUUCGGUGCUGCUGGUGAGGCAGGUGCCACUGAAGAAGCUAACGAGGACAUUCCAGACUUGGUUGACCAAAAAUUCGACGACGUGGAGUAA